AUGGCGCGCGCCCUGCGACCAUUCGUGCUCGCUCUGGGGCUCGUUGCAGGAGGAUCCCAGCUUUUCGUUUGCGGGCCUUGGCGUACUCCCGUUUGCAGGCGUCGGGUCGCGCAGCAGUCAGAGAGCUCAGAGCCCAACGGCCCUGAAAGCCCUGAGGAUGUGCUGGCCAAGAGCCUGCCCUUCCUCACAGAUGAGUCGCUCAUUGCGGAUGACAUCAGCUACGAAGGCCUGUUGGCAACUUGCCAAGGCCGCGAGAGCUACCUGUCUGCCAUGCGCGAUUGGCAGCAGCUGGUUCCGGAGAGGCUCGAGGACUUCAAGGUCUUGAGUAUGGAAUCCUGGCGUCUAAACCCGGGAGUCGUCACUGCGAGGUGGAGCAUUGCCUUCGUCGCGCCGCUUCCGCCUUCGUGGAAGCUUCGCGAGCUGCCACCGGAUGCGCCGCUGCUCCCUGGGGCAAAGGUCCGCGUGGAGACGCAGCUGGUCGCAGAGAUGACGCUGAAUUCGGAGGGGAAG